CGCCAAUCGUCGCCAGUCAGUCGUCCCUGUCGCCGUCGCUCCUCGGUCGGAUAUCUCAUAGCGCGCGCCUCCCUUUUAUUUGUUUUCGUCUCUUCUGUUUCAAUCCUUUUCCAGUCUCCCUCUUCUUCUUCAAUUCUCCCUUUCGCCUUCCAAUCUUGACCGUUUCAGAACAAAAACCCAACUCGCAGACCAGAUGGCGAGUUAACGAAUCGUCCCCGCCACAACAACACUGAUCGCCGGUUCUCUCAGGAGGAGACUCGAGUAGCUGCUUUCUUCUUCAGAAUCAAGUCCCAAGAUGUGGUUACUGAGCAGCCGUAGCUCAACGAAGAAUGGUAUCUAAAGGGGACUUGAUUGCUAUUGGAGUGUCUGUAGGUUUGGGGCUUGGUGUAGUUAUAGCAGUGCUUCUGUUCGUCCUCGUGAGGUGGCAGAAGAAGCGGGCUGACCUUCGUGGGCGAAGUUUAGCCAACGAGCAGCGGAGUCCAACUUCGUCUGCGCCCAUACGUGUCAAUGGUGUGGAUGCGUCGACUGAUUUCAGCGCCUCGAUAACGAUACGCGAGCCCCAGCUCGCUCACAAGGUUCCUAGCCCUCAUUCGUCUUGGUGGGGUCGGCCCAGCAAAGACCAUUUCGUAUCGGCUUCUGGGGUGCUUCGAUACUCUUACAAGGAUAUCCAGAAAGCGACGCAGAAUUUCACGACGACAGUGGGGCAGGGUUCGUUCGGGGUGGUGUAUAAGGCGGUCCUGAAUUCUGGAGACACUUAUGCUGUGAAAGUGCUUGCCUCGGAUUCCAGGCAGGGGGAGAAGGAGUUCCAGACAGAGGUUUGUCUUCUUGGGAGGCUGCAUCACCGAAAUCUAGUGAAUCUGAUUGGAUACUGUGUAGAUAAGGGGCAACGAAUGCUGAUCUAUGAGUUCAUGAGUAAUGGCAGCCUGGCAAACCUUCUAUACAAUAAUAACGAGAUCGUUCUAAGUUGGGAAGACAGGGUCCAAAUUGCUCUGGAUAUUUCACAUGGCAUUGAGUAUCUUCAUGAAGGGGUAAACUUCGUCAUCUCUCUAUUGUUCAAUGAAGGAACUUGUUGGUUUCAGUGGUCCGUUCUCUUGAAACAGGCGGCCCCACCUGUUAUACAUCGAGAUUUGAAGUCUGCUAACAUAUUGUUGGACCUAUCAAUGAGAGCUAAGGUGGCUGAUUUCGGUUUGUCCAAGGAAGAUGCAUUUGACGAACGUAACUCCGGUCUCAAGGGAACUUAUGGCUACAUAGACCCGGUGUACAUAGCAACAAACCGGUUCACUACGAAGAGCGACAUCUACAGUUUUGGCGUUAUCAUCUUUGAACUUAUUACCGGCAUCCAUCCCCAUCAGAACCUUAUGGAAUACAUCAAUCUUGCUGGAAUGAGUUCAGAUGGGGUCGAUGAAAUAAUCGACGGGAAACUGGUGGGUAAAUGCGAGAUUCAAGAAGUGAGGGAGCUAGCAAAAAUUGGUCACAGAUGCUUGCAUAAAUUCCAAAGAAAGCGGCCAACAAUAGGUGAAGUUUCACAGGGAAUAUUGAAGAUAAGACAACGUCGCCAUGUCAGGCAAGAUACCAUGUCCACACAAGCAAGUUUCUCCAGAGUUCUAAGCAGGAUACAGAGUCAACAUAUAGAAUUGAGUAGAAUAGCCAGCAUGAAAGAGGAUGCUCCAUAAUCUUACUUUUUUUUUUUUUUUUUUUUGUGUGGCUCUCUCCUUUUCUUCUUCCACUUCUUUACUGGCUUGCCCAAUUUUUUGUGCUAUUUCAAGGUCUCACUUAUUUAGUUCCUAACUGAGACCAGAUAGAGUAUAUACUAUAUCCUCAACUCCAUUUUUGCUAACUCGUUGAUAGUUUCAUCGUGUUCAAAUUUAAGAAUACAAAAUCUUUA